ACGUCACUUCCGUUCUUCUUAAAAAAAUAAACAAUUGAAAGAAGAGCUGAAUAUUGCCUGCAAAAGUCAGUUGAGACAAAAGGGAAACAAAGGAGCGUUUAUCCUUGUCAAUUGCGAUGGAGGAGUACAACUCUGGAGAUGAUGUCCUCUUCAACACUGACGAGAACAGUGCUUUAGUCAAAGAGUGCAUCGAGGGCGUCAUUGGUGGUGCCGACUACGACCACAGUAAAGUCAACCAGUGGACGGCCGGCAUAGUGGAGAAUUCGCUGACUCACCUGGUCAAACAGGGGCGGGCGUUUAAAUUCAUCGUAAACUGCGCCAUCAUGCAGAAAAGCGGCGCCGGACUCCACACAGCUAACUCCUGCUACUGGGACACCACAACUGAUGGGAGCUGCACCGUCAGGUGGGAGAACCGCACCAUGUACUGCAUUGUCAGCGUGUUUGCCGUGGCGCUGUGAGGGCACCGCCCACCUCAGAACUUCACCGCUUUCCGCACGCACAUGAGAAAAACAUCCAGAGCGACCUGUUAGAGUUGUUUUCAUGGACCACAGUUGGGUUGGGGUCUCGGUUCUGAUGACUGACCUCUGGAAUGUGACAGACGCGAUCUGAUAAUUGUAAUCAGCCAGCCAGCAAACAUCUGAGGACCCAAUACCUGCAACAAUACAAAACACUCGUAUCCAUUAAGCUGGACUUCCUGUUUACUGUUUAGUAGCUGGUGUUUGCAUGUUGUUUAUUUGUGCAGUCAUCAUAAAUGUACUGAUAUCAAAGCUUUAAAUGUAGAGGAAAGAACGUAGGACUGAACUGUCUUUUAGAGAAUUUUUCUUUAAAUUAUUGUUAUUUUUAUUCAAAUACUUUCAUUAUUUCUGUUGUUUUACAUUUGUUUUGUGUGUAAUAAUCCUUUAAAUGUCUUUUAUUUAUAAUCUUUAAUAAAUCAGUUUAUUCAA